ACAUUGGGUCAACGAUGCUGCUCUAUGUAGCCCGCAGUUAUAAUAAUUCAGGGUAUCCGUUGAAAAAUAGAUUUGCAUGAACGUCAUUGCUCAUUAUUUAUCGAUUUUUUUUUUCUUGUCGCAUCUGUAGGCUUUGAUGAUUUUGAUUUGUCUGAGUUAAGAGGUCGCGUUAUUCCGCUGUCUGUAAAAUCGUAUGGUAAAAUCUGCCUUCUCUUCGUGAUUUUGUCGUUGCUUCAUGGUUUGUCUAGCGUAUCUUCAUUCCAAAAAACAUUCGUUUGUCAUUGUCCUAAUCUUUAUCAAAAGAAAACAACAUAAUAGUAAUCUUUUGUAAAAAGUCACAGCAUGGGCAUAUGAAUAUCAAAGGAGUAACGAUAAACCAAGAUGUAUUGCACUCUGAAAAAAUGUCUCUGUCGACAAGAGGCUGUGAGGGCUCUGAGCACAGGUGAAGUAUCAACGGCAUUAAGGCCCUUCUACUUCUCUGUUCACCCUGACCUUUUUGGCCAAUUUCCUACACAAAGGACGGUGAAUGAAAAUUCUUUGAAGCAGCUGAGUUCCUUAAUUGAAACUCUCCUGCAACGAAGACCAAUCAGACCCACUACACUACCUUUUUAUCUUCGAUCAACUGAUGAGAAAGAAGUAAAGGCUGGCAAAUUUACCUUGGUUCAAAUUCAGCUUGCGGAUCGUGAUGUCAAACAGACAAUCCUCUACAUUUUGAAAACAUGCAAUCUUCCCACUACCUUCAUUGAUAAAAUUGAGGAAAAACAGCCACCCAACUCAAGGUUUACCGCAUCGUGGCAAAAAUACAGGAACAAUAAUAGUGGUAUAGAUUUCUCAGAACUAGAAGAUGAUCCACUAUACACUUCCUUUAUUCUGAAGAAGAAGAUCAAUUCAGAACCUGAUACUUUUAAAGCGUACUUGGAAAAGCACGCAAAUGAGGCUCUUGUAAAACUCGAAGCAUGCCGACCAAUUCGUGAAGAAGUUUCCAAGCUGGAAAAAGAAUUAUGUUCGGAUUUGGGCUUGAAAAAAAUUGUCUGGGAUUGCGGCUGGAACAUCGCUCACUAUCGAGGUUGUUUGUUAGCCUUCUUAGCACUUUCCAAACACCAUCCUGAGCCUAUGAGAGUUCUCAGAGACCGGACAUUAGUUUUUGCCAAUGAUACGGGCAUCAACUUGGAGGGAAAUGUAAUGUUGAAUUCUGGAGAAGUGCGGCACAACUGGCUUGAUCUUGUUAAGAAUGUGAAGAAACACGAUGCAGUUCUACUACGACUACCAGCGUUUGAAAAAGCUGUUUCCCAAGUCCUGCUUGGCAUCAAAGUUGGAAGACGGGUGCAAUUUAUGUGCAGGAAGUUCAUGCCCAAAGUCAUGGUGGAGCAGUACGAGCAACAGCUGCGUCAGCUGACAACCAUAUUAAGCGAUUAUCGUAGCCGUAAAAAGUACCCAGCCGACUGGCCCGAAGAUCUUAGCGCUUAUGAGAUUGUCGUUGAAACGGAAGCUGGCCCCCUGAUGCUCUCACCAACUGGCCAAUUCAUUGUGCCAUCUUCAUGCCCUAGUUUUCUACUGAUUAGUUUUAUAUCUGAGAACUUGGUAGCAGCUGCACAGAGACUUAAUCAUUAUAACAGAGUCAAGCACAUAGAACGUGAACUACAUAAGAAAGUGGCAGACGAGCUGGAAUUAGCAGCACUAGAUAAAGACGACAGCAUAACGCCAGACCUUAUGAUACAAUGUUGCGAGCAUCUUUUACAAAACAAAUCUGAACUGGUACCGCUGCUUUCAGGUAUUAGACUCUGGGUGACGCAUUACUACUCAGUUAUGAGUGAUGGAGUCUUGUGUAUACCUUGGGACUGGAAAAUUUAGUAGCACAACCCCUAUGAUUGUGCAGGGUGCUUGGAAGACAUAGAAGAUUUUCUGCGUUCAUCUCAUUUAGUUCUAGAAAGUGUACACGGCUAACUGUCAGGCACCCACUUGUAAUAGGUAGUAAUCCGGUUGGUCACCGUUCAAACCGCUAUAUGUAUAAGGAACUUCUGUGCCAUCCGACAUAAGCUUUAAGAUUGUACAAGUGUUUUAGUUAAUUAUAUUUAUUUCCAUAGCACUAACGAGACUAUGUGUCAUACAUCAGGCAGUCGGCUUUUUGUAGCGAUAUCAAAUACUUAAUAGCAUGUGUAUAUUUUAUGCUUAACUACUUUUUUCUGACUAACCCAAUCGAAAUGCUGAUACUUAUUUGACUUAUUCAAAUGCUACGUCAGCUAUAUCCAUAUUAGCUGCGUAUAAUUUGCCUUAUAACAGAGCUUAUCACCAAGAAAGAACUAGUAUCACAUUCAUGAUAUAUUUAAUUUUUCUUUCCUCUUUCAUGGAAAAAAAUACUGUUGAUAUACGUUACAUCAAGACUUAUUGUGCAUCACUAACGAAUUCGGCCCCCAAUUCGUCGGUAUACAUAAAAAAUUCCUUUUUCUAAUCUAAUUUACAAUUAUAGUAUGUAUAUCAAAAAUACGAUAUGUUCUAAAUGUAUCUCGAACCAGAAUCAAAGAAGAAUGAACACAAUAUAAUUAGCUUGUAAAUAACUAUUCCGAAUAAAUAUCUAUUCUGCGCCAAAGA